AUGGCAAAAUCCAUGUCAAUAAGUCAACCAUUAGUCCCACCUCCUCAGCCACGCAAGCAAGGAUGCUUCCAAUCAAUAUUCCGUACAUUAUGCUGUUGUUUCGUCAAAAAUAAAGUAAAUUCUACACAGCUCAGCAUCAGAACUGAAAGGAAGAAGUUUUGGGUCAAGAUCCGCGAUCGACUUUCAAAGAAAAAACAUUUUGACCAAGUUUAUAUCACACUACUUAACUUAUACUCCCACCAACUAGUAAUUUCUGACCUUAUCAAAUGCCAAGUCAGCCCAGAUUUUCGAAAGAAAAAGCGUGAAGACUUAGAAUUUUAUGUUCCCCAACUUUGGUAUUUUUUAUACAGCAAUUUAUUACUUUUUGGCUUUUUGGACCAAAAUGAGGAAUUAAUUCGAGCGGUUUUAGAAUUUUGUAAAAAUUCUUUUCAUUUCUCUCAUAGGGUUUACUGGUUUUUAAAAUCAACUGAUUUCAGUUUAUUAGAUUUGCCGAGUGUUGACCCUGACAGGUAAAAUAUUAUUUAGUUUAAUUGAAAGUGUUGAAAAAGUCUCUCAAGAUUCACAAGCAAUAUUUUUAGGGAGAGGAAAAGAGCUGUUUCAGCUUAUGGCCAGUAUGGGAAUGGAACAUAUCUUUGACAGCUCAAGAAAAAGUUUUUCUGAUAUUUUAGAUGAAGAGCCAGAAGAUGUGGCAGUUUUAAGAGACUUGAUCCGUGAGUAUAAUUUGAAUGGAAAAGUAGAAAGUGAUAUCCCGAAUAAAAUCAACCCAAAAUACAUUCCUUUAAAUCCAUUUCCUAAAGGAAAUAUAGUAGACGGCUACCACUCUACCUUAUGGUUCAUAGAAAAACUCACACAAAUUUCUAUAAAAAUCCUCCAUACUCCAAAAAAGUCAGAAAUGCUAAAAGAAGAGCUAAAAGAACUAAACCAGCUGGUCAAGCAUAGGUCGUAAACCCAUACCCCCACACCCCCUAAAAGUGGUACCCCCCCCCACCCCCCCUAAAAAGUGGUACCCCCCACCCCCCCUAAAAAAUGGCACCCCCACCCCCCCCUUAAUAUAGCAUAAAUAUAUGACAAAUGCCAAUUUAGAGCAGACGUAAUAAAUAAAUUAUUAUUUUAAAUAUUCAAAAUUACUGAUUUAUACAAUGUCCACAUAGCGUAGUACAAUCGAUUAAGGAGUAGGUGGAAUGAGGUGAGAAUUUCCUAUAACUACUAAGCACACCACAUAUGAAAAUUUGUUAGCGAGCAUAAUAAUGAUCUUUGGUAUUAAUUAGCAAUAUAUCCUGCAUAUAUUUAUGAACUUUGUGGAACAAUGGCUAAAAGUCGAAUUAGAGAUCCAAAAGUAAAACUGGCAAUAGCAAAUACUAUUUUAUUACCACUAUUGAAUCCUGUUACCAAUUCAGUCCUGCAAUCCUUUUACAAUGGACAUUAGAUUAGCUUUAAUGUAUGAAUCAAUAAAUUUAAUGCAAAUUAUUGUGUUGUGCUUGGCUCAUUUAAUAAUUAAUGCCAUUAUCUAUAUCUUUGGCAUUAUAUUUAUAAAUAUAAAAAGCAAAUUUAAUAUAUUUUCUAAUUAAUUGCUAAUUAAUUUAAAUUUAUUAAUUAAUCAUAAAUAUAAAGUAAUUUGUGGACUUAAUUUAAAAAUAUAGUGUUUUUAAUGGGUUAUAUUUAAUUUAUUUUGCUUAUUUCCUAUCAAUUACUUCUAUAGAAUAAACCCGAGAGGGGGGGUGGGGGUGCCAUCUUUGAAAGGGGGGGGGGGUACCAUUUUUUUAGGGGGGGGGGUUCCCUUAUUGGGGGGGGGGUGGGGGUGUGGGGUUGCUACCUAUGCUUGACCAACCAGCUUCUUCCUGCGUGCGCUUAUAUUCCAUUUAACACUCCAAUCGCUCGAAAUUGCGCAGUUUUACACAUAAUCGCUAACGAAGCCAGAGUUUUUACUACAAAAGAGCGAGCUCCCUAUAAAAUCUGUGUAGAAAUUUUUCGGCCAUAUGAAGAAUUACUUGUUUUAGAGCCCUCAAAAAGUGCCUCAACAAUGGACAGAAGGUCAGCUUCAGUCCCAUCAGUGCGGUCUUUUCAUUUAAGCAAAACUGUUAUAGAAGAAGUCAAAACUUUAAAUGAUACCAUAGAUGAUGGGUUUGAUGAAAUUAUUAAAGCAAUACAAAAAGAGUCAAAAAAUAAUAGGAAACAUAGAGAAACUAUUGAUGCCAUACAGAGGCCGCCUGCAUUGUCGACCCCUUCGCUUCAUUAUGAAAGAUUAAGUAUUUUUGGACAGCCUGGAGCUGGAGAUUUAGAGGCGGUAUAUGGAGGGGAUGAAGAUGAAGACACAACAGGUGGUGAGGAAUCAAGUAAUGAUAGUAAAAGAAUCAUUUUUAAAGAAAGUUUUAAGGAGAUGGCUCAAAGAAUUCGUGCAAAAUCGCCGUUCGGAAAGCUGAAAACUUGGGAACUAUUGCACAUUAUAGUAAAAAGUGGGGAUGAUUUGCGCCAAGAGCAGCUAGCGAUGCAGCUGAUUUCGUUUUUCCAACAAACAUGACGAGAAAAAAAGCUUGAUUUAUGACUCUAUGCAUAUGAUAUCAUAGCGACUGGCGAAGGCUGCGGUAUUUUAGAAUGUGUUCCUGACGCUAUCUCAAUAGAUGGCCUAAAAAAAGACUUGCCAGCAGACAGCAAAACUCUUUAUCAUUUCUUCGAAAUGCAGUUUGGGGGAGAAAAAACAAAGCGCAUGAAAAGAGCCAGAAAAGAAUUCAUGAAAAGCUUAGCAGGUUAUAGCUUGCUGUGCUAUAUAUUACAAAUAAAAGACAGACACAAUGGGAAUAUUUUGAUUGAUAGACAUGGACAUUUAAUUCACAUUGAUUUUGGCUUCAUGUUUAGCAAUUCCCCCGGAGGGAACAUUAACUUUGAAAAAGCCCCAUUUAAGCUGACUGAUGAAUUUGAAAGAAUUUUAGGAGGGAGAAGAUCCAAGCUAUUUAUUGAGUUUAGAUCACUGUGCGUCAAAGGAUUUAUUGCAUUAAAAGAAAAAGCUGAGCAGAUUGUUCUGCUGGUAGAAAUGAUGAGAUUUGGAAGCGGGGCAAGUUUAGGAUGCUUCGUAGGAGGAGAAGAAGUGACGAGAGGACUAAGAGAAAGGCUUCUGCCUAGAGAAUCAAUGUCAGAAGGAGACUGUAAAGAGUAUAUCAAUUUAUUAAUAGACGAAAGCUUAGACAACUGGACCACAAGGUGCUAUGAUAGGUUCCAGUACUGUUGCCAAAAUAUCUUUUACUAA